GAUCGUAUUGAUUUUUCGGAGCUGCAUGUGUACUUGUUGAUUGUAAACCAUUCCAUGAAAAUUUAAUAAAACCUGCAACAAAAUUACAAAACAUGAAUGGUUUAAUGCUCCGAAUAAAUCCUAGUAAUAAUAAAAACAUAAGCUCCAUUAAGUUUGGCCCUAUAGAACUUUCCUACCAUGUAAACACAGAGCCUGACCAUGAUUUAGUAAAGAAGUUUAUUGAUUCAAAAACUUCGGAAGAACAGUUUGGUGUGGUGAGAAGUCUCUUAGACGCCAAUCUUGAGGCCGUGGACAAUAACCUGUUGAGAUUUUUGGCAAUAGUAUUUGUGGAAGCCGAAAUAAAACAUCCAAUUAAAUCUUUUAUAAUAAGGUCCAUCACAAAAUCUCAAACUCUCCAAGACCCAUUUUCUGAAAAAUUGGCAAUAGUUUUAAGUUAUAUCAUUACACAGGAGUACAGAGAGUUUCAAGAAUAUUACGAUGCCACAUUUGAUAUUGAGGGCUGCAUAGCCAACUUCCCUGCUGGCCGUAGGGCCUUCAAAAUGAUCGAUUUGGAUCUAGCAAAAUUUCUCAAACGCAGUCUGAGAUGUUGUGUCAAUACACUCCGUGAAAGAAAUUUGGCACCAACACAGAAAAAUGAGUUAUUUGAAGUAACCCAGCGUACCCUGAGGCUAGCUUUUCACAUAAUGCAGCAUGUAAGGCCCGGCUACAUGGAUUCAUUGUUUGAGGAAUUACGCAGGGAUAUAAAAUAUCUCCUCUUUCACCAAGAGACACCGAUGGAUACCAAAAAUGUGGGCGGUUUACUGAUUUAUAGUAUGCAUAUUUUGGAAAAUGGUGAAGAUGCAUGGUUACAAAUACUGUACCCGCCCCAAGGCGACGACUACCUAAGCGACGUGUUGGAGAAUGAGUCGGCUCGGCUAGCGCUACUCACGGCUGCCAUCAUCCUGACCAACACCGAGCGGCUGCUGGCGCCGGCCGACGACGAGGAGCCCAUACUGACGCUCGCCGAAAGAGUCAUUGCUAUUGGGGAAAAGGGCUCCUCCGAGUGCAUCAUCGUGCUAGGCGUGGCGCGUGCCGUGGAGAUGACCAGCAAGAAACUGGACAAGAUCGCCGACCCGCAGCUAGGCCUCGAGCUCGUGGAUAUCCUGCUGGGCUUCACGCGCGCGCACCUCACGCACUACAUGGACAGCGUGCGCCAUCUGUCCGUCAAGUCGCUGGCAUCUAUGGUGACCUACU